AUGAAUCAAGCUACAAUUCCUAUAGCAUAUCCUGUAGUGACAGAAGCAGAAACAGUGAUGACAAGAAGUGAAAGACUGGAAAGAGCUAGUUUAUUGCAAAGAUAUCCGAUGCAAGGACACUCAGUGCAAAGAUAUCCAAUGCAGAGAUAUCAAGUGCAAGAAUGCCCAGUGCAAAGAUAUAUUAAUUUAUCGAUGAAUGAAAGACCCAACUUCUUCAUGAGCAGACCGCUCGUUCGAGCUGCUGGACUUCUCAAUGAAAAUUCAACGACAGAAAUUAUCGACGUGAAUAUGUUGCCUCAAAAAAACACAUCGAUCAUUCGAAAUAGUGUCAUCGAAGUUAUUGACAUUGGCGGUCGACUCCAUUGCCUCAAUGAACCCAUAAGUUCGUCAUAUUGGCUAAAGAUGAUUACCUUAGCAACAGAUUUUCAAAAUGCCAAUAUUUUACUUAUGACUAGCAACAGUGGACUCAUAUUGAAAGUGAUAAAAGACUUACUUCCAGGAGAACCAUUAUUCAUGUGGUUCGCAGAUUGCACUUUAAAUAUGUUAAACAUUCCCUUUUUAACUCCAGCCAAUUGUGAUAUUCAAGGUCAAGUCUACACGUGCCAUAUUUGUAAAAGAUGUUUCGACUAUCCAAACCCUUUAAAACUACACUUGCUAUUAGAUUGCAAUCAGAAGGACAACAGUUAUAUUUGGACGCUCUUGGCGAAUAAAAUUGUUUGUCCUCCGAGAACGAGCCUAUCCUUCAAUCAAUAUUCAGAAAGAAGUUUUACAUUCCAGUUAAAUCCUCUGCCCGUAUCCAAAUCGAUAACGUUACCGGUCAAUAUUCCAUCAUAUUUGACACAAACGACGGAAGCGAAUCGGUCGAUGAAGAACGAUUCGCCGUGUUCAUUAAAUCGACUGUCACCCCUGUCCUCGAAUAAUCCCUCGCCGAUUCCAACGUAUCCUUUACCAGAAGUCUUACCGAGUUCAUCGGCUUACAAAUCGUCCGUGGAGAACCUAAUGGAUCGUCGCAUGAUUUUAAAACCUUACAAUGUUUUGAUGCAUCGAGAUCGGAUGCCCUACAACUGUCCCACAGAAGAAUCUGGGAAGAAAGCAGAUCCUGCGGAAGUAGAGACACGCGCUAGCGAAAUCGGCAAAUGCAACGAAGGAUACAGAUGCAUCUUCUGCAACAAGAUCUAUUCGAGAAAGUAUGGUCUGCGGAUUCACAUUAGGACGCACACCGGUUAUAAGCCUCUGACUUGCAAGGUUUGCGAGCAUAGAUUUGGAGAUCCUAGUAAUCUUAACAAGCACGUGAGAUUACACGUGACAGACGACAGUCGUUAUAAGUGCGACAUAUGCGGCAAGGUACUAGUUAGGAGAAGAGAUCUGGAGAGACAUAAAAAUUCCUGGCAUUCCGAAAAGAACGAUGAUAAUGUUUCCGAUGUCGAAAUUAACGACGGAAUUUAA